UUCAAAGAUGUUAGAGUAAAAAUAUUAAAAACAAAAUGGAUUUUGCUUUAUGCUCUUAGUUUUUGUUGUUGUAUAAUCAAGUCUAUUAACAUAUGACACGGGAAAUUUUGCUUUAAUUUCUUCUGGUUGUAAAAAUGGAUAAGAAUCUACUUAAACAGUCAACUUUAAUGGGAUUUUUUACAAAAUUCCUUAAAUAAUCCUAGGUCUUGAGCAUGUUGAUUAAUAAUUCCCAACUGAUUUUAGAGUAACAAUUUAGAAUGUUUAAAAAACAAGUAAAAUUUUUCGAUUUUUUUUUAGGUUUUGAUCUUUAUGUUAUCUGCCCGGGGGCUCAGUCAGUUAUUGGCAUUAAAUAUUAAUGGUAUGCCAUUGAUGAUGAUAGAAUAUAAGUUAUAAAUAGUUUUAAUAACCUAUUUCCUACUGUUUAAACCUUUAAUCACCAACUACCAAGUGCAACAAAAGGAAUAAUUUCAAUAAUCAGUUUUGGAGUAGGUGGUACUAUGGAUUUCUUAUUAUCUGUAAUUUUCAAUUAAAUAAAUAGAUUACCUCAUUAACAAGUACUUAAGUAACUGUUGAUAUUACAUCUGCAACAAGCAUAAAAUCGCUUGGUUAUUAAGUAAUUUUAGGAGUUGAGGAGGCCUUUCAGGAUACUUAGAUUAUACAUCAUACUUAAACUUAUACUAGUGGCGCUAUAGUUUAAUAACCAAAAAGUUGGUUUUUUUUAGGUUAUUGUGGUAUGGCAUAAGAAUUUGGUAAUGGAUUUAGAUAAAAGUUUGUGAGAACAUCUGUUAGUCAAUCUUAUACAGUUACCACUUGUAAAUUGCAUUUUUAAUUAUUAUUUAGGGUAUGGAGCUUUUAUAAAAGCUCAUCAUAUUAGAACUUGGAUUACUUAUUAAUUUACAACAUAUAAAGCUUUUGAAUGCUAUACUAUAAGGAUCUCAUAGUUAUUUGAUUUGGAAGUGGCUAUCAAACCUUAAAUUUAUAUUGAUAUUGGUGAAAUCAAUCAAUCAUUUUCAUCCUCAUCAGAAGUAGUUUUUGAUAAGCCAAUUACCUAAUUGACUAUCAGUACAUAUAUGAAAUGUGCUAAAUCUAAAAAAAUAGUUAGCAAAUUUUUAAAAUGUGAAUCAUGUUCAUCCAAAAAUUACUAUUAAUUUACACAUUAUUGCCAUGGAACAAUCAAUGAAAUUAACUAUUUUCCCAGAUACAGAUUAAAUUAAUUAGUUUAUAAACAAUUAAAUAUUGAGAUACUGUCUGAUAAAAUCACAGUAACUUAACCAUUACGCAACCCAGAAGUGACAAAUCCAGUUUUGAUAGAAAUCAAGAUAUAGGCAUUAUGA